AUGCAAUAUUAUACUAUCUUUGUGUUUUGCUUCUUGGUUUUUCAACCAUUCGUAUAUGGUCAACUUGAUUACAAAUUCUAUGAUUCCACUUGUCCUAACUUGACAAAAAUCGUUCGGUUUGGUAUCUGGUCUGCUAUGGCCAAUGAUACCAGAAUUGGUGCAUCACUUCUUCGCUUGCAUUUUCAUGACUGCAUUUCUAAUGGGUGUGAAGGGUCGGUGUUACUUGAUGAGAGUAGCAGUUUUAGGAGCGAGAAGGACGCAUUCCCUAAUAGAAAUUCAGCAAGAGGGUUUGAAGUUAUCGACACUAUCAAGGCAAACUUAGAGAAAGCCUGUCCUGGAACAGUUUCUUGUACUGAUAUAUUGACACUUGCAGCAAGAGAAUCGGUUUUCCUUGCAGGAGGACCUUAUUACGCUCUAGCCAUGGGACGUCGUGAUGGCCUAACAGCAAACAUAACUACGGCAAACACAGAUAUCCCAUCUCCUUUUGAAUCUCUAGAGAACAUCAUUUCAAAAUUUACUACAAAAGGCCUGGAUCUGAAAGAUGUAGUUUCACUAUCAGGUGCGCACACGAUAGGUUUUGCACAAUGCUUUACGUUCAAACCAAGACUAUUUAACUUCAAUGGUUCGGCGGCUCCUGAUCCACAGCUCGACACAUCACUUGCAGCCAGUUUGCAAACUGCGUGUCCAAAUCAAGAUAGUUCUGAUACCAAUCUGGUCCCUCUGGAUUCAGUUACAACUACAAAGUUUGACAACAUCUAUUUCAAGAGGCUUGUAAACAAUUCAGGGAUUUUGGGUUCGGAUCAAGCUCUCAUGAGUGAUAACAGAACCGCGUCCAUGGUUAUAAACUAUAGCAAGUUUCCUUACUUGUUUGCUAAAGAUUUUGGUGCAUCGAUGAUAAAGUUAAGCACCGUGGGUGUAAUUACCGGGCAAAAUGGCCAAGUUAGAAACAAAUGCAAUGUUGUAAACUAGAAACUGGGUAACUUUUAGUAGUUUGGACUUUCAAUAUGAAACAUGUUCAUCUGUUUA